GGUCCAUAUAGAAGAAAAGGACCCACGUCCCUGACGCACGGCGACGGUGUGGAACCGUGCAAACCGAGGGGUAAUCGAUCGUGGGAAAGUUGAAGCGUCGAGAGCACUUUUCCCUUCAGUGAGUUUGCCGCGCGCGCUGUUCCUCACUCCCCGCCCCUCAUCCACGAGACCACGACGAACUUGUGCUAUCGCCGCCGCCCUACGCAGGUUCCGAGGCCUUGACUGGUCUCUUGUUUGGCCGCGAGCAUCACCAGUAAAAUAGUCAAUGUAUGCAAAGUUGGAACCAUAUAUAUUUCUGUAGAGUAAAUGAUAUAGUACUAGAUGAAUAGUAUGGAUAAGGAUGGGAUAUUGUCUGAUGAAAACUUGGCAAAGAUGGAAUCUGCUCAACCAAACGGACAGCGGGUAGAUAUAAUAAUCAUUGACUCUCAAAGUGAUGAAAAUAAAAUUGGUGUGGAAACUAGCAUAAGAGAGAGUUCCUUGAAGGAGCAUAAGGAGCCUCCACGCACAACAGUGGACAACAAUGUGAAUGAAGAAACAUCCACUACUGAUGAUGAUUCAGAGGCCAAUUCAUACGAGUUCUUUGUUCGAGAAUCAGAUAAUGAACAAGCUUCAGCAUCUGAGGAAGGCACUGAGGUACCUCUGACUGAGGAAGAAGUUGAAGAAUUGGUUGUUGAAUUCCUUGAAGUCGAGAGCAAAGCAGCUCAAGCACAAGAGUCACUUGAAAAAGAGUCACUGGACAAAAUUGAAACUGAAGUAAGAUUGGAGUUAUCUGAGAGGCUUCAAGGGGAUGAGUUAGAAUCAGCUGUGUCAACUGAGAUGGAGCAAUUCCAGAUGCAAUGGGAAAAUGAACUUGAUGAUCUAGAGAUCCGUAGUUCUAUUCUUCUGGAACAACUUGAUGCUGCUGGAAUUGAACUUCCCAGACUCUAUAAGACAAUUGAAAGUCAAGUUCCAAAUGUUUGUCAAACUGAAGCAUGGAAGAGCAGGACACAUUGGGCUGGUUCUCAAGUGCCUGAAGAAGCUACCCAAUCCAUUAAAAAGGCCGAUGAAUACCUCCAGUCUUGCAGACCUGUACGGAGAAAACAUGGGAGGUUGCUGGAGGAAGGUGCUAGUGGUUUUCUUGCUGGGAAAGUUCCUGUUGGGGAUGAUGAUUCUGUUAAGUGUCAUGAGAAAAGUUGGAGCUCUUUCAAUGAACUUAUUAAAUCUAAGGAGAGUGCUGAGAAUACAUUUGGUAGCAGUAACUGGGCAUCAGUUUAUCUUGCAAGUACCCCCCAGGAAGCAGCCGCAUUAGGUCUCCAGUUUCCUGGAGUUGAUGAGGUAAGGGAAGAGGAUGACGCAAAAAUAAUGAAGUGCCUGCAGCGCCGUUUGAAAGGAAAAAGGAUGAGAGACUGGUGUAAGGAGAACUUUGGUUUGGUCUCAUCAUGUGACGAGAAGCCUCCUCUACCAGAAAAUGGCGUUUUAGGUGCUAAAAGUGACUGUCCUUCAUCUAAAAAACUCAAAACUGAUGAAAACAAAGUUUCUAUUGAGAUAUUGAAGCAUACAUGUGAAGAUGAUGAUAAUGAGAAGAGAUUGAAAACUGUGAUAGUUGAAAGCGAUGAUGAUAUGCAGAUAGAUAGCAAACAAGCUUUACAAAAGGAUGGUGAAGGUAGUUCAACAGAAUUUGAAAAAGUGGUUGAUAUCAUUGAUCUUGAUCUCUUCCCAAGCCCUAAGCUCCCUAAUAAAAGUUUGCAUAAAACUUUCAAAUGUACUAUUUGCUCUGAAAUGCUGAAUGCCUCUGAUGUGCAUCGCCACCCUGUCUUGGAUGUUGUUGUUUGUGGAUCAUGCAGAUUUCUUGUGAUAGAGAAGAAUCGCCUUGAGGAUCCUGUAUCUGGUAGUUAUUGCACUUGGUGUGCACAAAGUGAACUGAUUCAAAGUUGUAGUUCUUGUAAGCUUCUUUUCUGUACAAAUUGCUUGUCAAGGAAUUUAGGUGAAGAAUGCUUAUCAGAAGCUAAAGCCACUGGUUGGCAGUGUUGCUGCUGUGUACCCAGUCAACUAGAGCUCUUAAUUUCUGAAUGUGACAAGGCCCUCAGUGGUGUGGAAUCUUCCGAUUCAGAGACUAGCAAUGCAGAGCUUUCUGGAUCAGAGAAUAAUGGUCCUGUUAGCAAGCAAAAAAUGAAGAAGAGUAUUAGAAGAAUUAUGGAUGAUACAGAACUUGGUGAAGAAACAAAGCGUAAAAUUGCAAUGGAGAAGGCAAGGCAAGACCAUUUGAAGUCAAUGCAAGAGCAAUCUGCCACCAAGUUAAGGAGCAAGAAUGUUGGAAAUCCCUUUGAAACUCCACUGGAAAUCUGUUUACAGGAUGCUGGGGAUGGACAUGUAGUCAACCUUGCCAGGGAGGAGGAUGAGGAACCUGUUAGGAUUCCAAGCAGCAUGUCUUCUAAACUGAAGCCUCAUCAGGUUGAAGGAAUAAGGUUUAUGUGGGAAAAUGUUAUUCAAUCUGUUAAAAAGGUCAAAUCCAGGGAUAAAGGUCUUGGGUGCAUUUUGGCGCAUAACAUGGGCCUUGGGAAAACUUUUCAGGUUAUUACAUUCCUCUACACUGUUAUGAGAUGUGCUCAAUUGGGAUUGCGCACAGCACUUGUUGUCACCCCUGUCAAUGUUCUUCAUAACUGGAGGAAAGAGUUUAGCAAGUGGCGUCCAGCAGAGCUGAAGCCUCUUCGCGUUUUUAUGUUGGAAGAUGUUGCAAGGGUGAAAAGGCCAGAUUUACUAACUAAAUGGCGAGUGAAGGGUGGAGUGCUUCUCAUUGGUUAUUCAUCAUUUAGAAAUUUAUCCCUUGGAAAGCAUGUGAAGGACAAAAAUUCUGCAAACGAAAUUACUUAUGCUUUGCAGUGUGGGCCAGAUAUUCUUGUAUGUGAUGAAGCGCAUAUGAUAAAAAAUAGAAGGGCUGACAUUACACAGGCUCUGAAACAAGUAAGAACACAAAGAAGAAUUGCGUUAACUGGAUCUCCAUUGCAGAAUAAUCUGAUGGAAUAUUAUUGUAUGGUUGAUUUUGUCAGGGAAGGUUUUCUUGGGAGUACUCAUGAAUUCCGAAACAGGUUCCAGAACCCCAUUGAAAAUGGGCAACACACGAAUUCAACAUCAGAUGAUGUGAAGAUCAUGAACCAACGAUCACACAUCUUGUUUGAACAACUGAAAGGUUUUGUCCAGCGAAAGAGCAUGAACGUUGUGAAGAAUGAUCUACCACCAAAGAAGGUUUUUGUUAUUACUGUAAAGCUCUCACAGCUGCAGAGGAAGCUAUACAAAAGGUUCUUGGAUGUUCAUGGUUUCUCAAGUAGUGGUUAUUCAGAAAAAUCUCACAGGUCCUUCUUUGCCAAGUACCAGACAUUAUCCCAGGUAUGGAAUCAUCCGGGGCUCCUCCAGAUGGCUAAAGAACAAAGAGGAAAUUUGCGUCGUGAAGACGCGGUUGAGAAUUUUAUGAUGGAUGAGAGUUCAAGCGAUGAUAAUGUUGAAAAUUACUUGCCUAAUGGAGAGAAGCAAAAGGAUAAAGCUGAUCAGCAGUCCAAGAAAAGCAACAUCAUUAUGAAUGAGGAAAGUAACUGGUGGGAGGAACUUUUAGAUGAGAAUACUUAUAUGAAAGCAGAUUACAGUGGCAAAAUGACCUUGCUCCUUGAUAUCCUGUCAAAAAGUUCUGAAUUAGGCGACAAAGUAUUAGUGUUUAGCCAGAGUUUGACCACUCUGGAUUUAGUAGAGUUUUAUCUGGCAAAAUUGCAAAUCAAUGGAAAAGAAGGCAAACAUUGGAAGCGGGGGAAGGAUUGGUACAGGCUUGAUGGGAGCACUCCAUCUUCUGAUCGUCAGAAUCUUGUGGAGAUGUUUAAUGACCUUGAAAACACAAGAGUGAAAUGCACAUUGAUAUCAACUCGUGCUGGAUCCCUGGGUAUCAACCUUCAUGCUGCAAAUCGCGUGGUUCUUCUUGAUGGAUCAUGGAAUCCAACACAUGAUCUGCAAGCCAUUUAUCGAGUUUGGAGGUAUGGCCAGACCAAACCUGUAUAUGCCUACCGCCUAAUGGCACAUCAAACAAUGGAAGAGAAAAUAUAUAAGCGCCAGGUGACAAAGGAAGGCCUUGCAGCAAGGGUGGUGGAUAGACAGCAAGUUUCAAGAACCAUCUCCAAAGAAGAGAUGCUGCAUCUUUUUGAAUUUGGUGAAGAGGAAUUAAUGGAACAGAACGAGAAUGGUUCUACUAUGAUUGAGAAGCCAUCCACUUCUAACACUAUUAAAACCUCUGUGCCUGUUCCUGUCGACAGUCUCAUGCUGAGCCUGCUCAGUGAGCAAACUCGGUGGAUUUCAGGUUACCAUGAACAUGAAGCUCUCCUCCAAGAAAAUGAAGAAGAAAAGCUUACAAAGGAGGAGCAGGACCUGGCUUUGUCCGAAUGGGAGUCAUUGAGGAAAGCUGCAUCUGAUCCUGAGAGAAAAUCAAGCAUGAGCGCAGUUCCAACAUAUCCCAAUCCUGUGCGGCCACUUAAGCCUGCUUCAAGAAGCCGGCAACUGCAGCAACCUAAGGCUAACUCAAAUAACCAAAAGAAGUGCACCAACUUAACCCACUUGCUGACUCUGAGAAGCCAUGGCACAAAAGCAGGGUGCACGACAACCUGUAACGAGUGCGGCCAGGAAAUUAGUUGGGAGACUCUAAACAGAGAUGGUAGAUCGAGAUGAUGCCUGUCUCUGUGGCAUUGCCAGAUUUUUUUGGGGUCUUUAUGUAAUGUUAACGUCCAGGUAGCAGUAUAUAUAUUGCGUAUACGAGAGUAUUAGAGUAGGUAGAAUGUAGAAUGGACAAAAAAUGGCUCUUGUGGUACACAUGGUAGAACGCAUGGGAUGCAAAAAAUGAACGAUCACAUUGUUAUGGAAUGUAGUCGUAACAAGAUGUUUGUUAUGCACUUAUUGUCAUUUUCUUUUCCUUA